AAAGUACUGUAGUAUGUCGUUAAAUGCAAUGACCGACUGAAGAAAUAUUACACCAAAAUGGAUACAACAUAAAUUGUACAACAAUUACACCGUAACUCCGAUCAUUGAGCCAAGACAUUCGCCCUGUGUUGGGUUCCAUGAAUUUUGAAGCAGUAAAAGGAAAGAAAAAAACUUACCGCCUCCCCAAGAAAACAAUACGAGAAACCCCUGCCUUGAUCUUCAAUCAAUUUUUCCUACCUUUUCGAAUCUUAACAAACCGACUCCUUUUAUUCUUACACGUAUAUAUUCCUCAUGUCUUUCAUUUUCUAUUACCAUUUCUCCCUGUAACAUUUUCUCAGUACCCAAAAAUAAUAAUAAUGGACAAUUCAGUAGCCAAUGGCACCACUUCCUGUAUCCAAGAUUCACAUUCUUCUUCUGUUAUCGCGAGCCCUGACGCGACCCUGGGGCGCCAUUUAGCCCGAAGGCUAGUUGAAAUUGGCGUUGAGGAUGUUUUCUCAGUGCCUGGUGAUUUCAACCUCACACUUCUUGAUCACCUUAUUGCUGAGCCAAGGCUUAAAAAUAUUGGCUGUUGCAAUGAGCUUAAUGCUGGAUAUGCUGCUGAUGGUUAUGCGAGGGCUCGGGGUGUUGGUGCGUGUGUUGUCACGUUCACUGUGGGUGGGCUAAGUGUGUUGAAUGCAAUUGCUGGUGCUUAUAGUGAGAACCUUCCUGUUAUUUGCAUUGUGGGAGGUCCCAAUACUAAUGACUAUGGAACUAAUAGAAUUUUGCAUCAUACUAUUGGAUUGCCUGAUUUUAGCCAAGAACUUAGAUGCUUUCAGACUGUUACAUGUUAUCAGGCUGUGGUAAAUAAUUUGGAGGAUGGACAUGAACAAAUUGAUAGAGCCAUUUCCACUGCUCUAAAAGAAAGCAAGCCAGUAUACAUUAGCAUAAGUUGCAAUUUGCCAGCCAUCCCUCAUCCAACUUUCACCAGGGAUCCCAUCCCAUUUUCUCUAUCACCUAAGCUAAGUAACAAGAGGGGCUUAGAAGCUGCAGUAGAUGCAGCAGUGGCCUUUCUAAGCAAGGCAGUGAAACCGGUCAUGAUUGGAGGACCAAAGCUAAGAGUAGCCAAAGCUUGUGAUGCUUUUGUUGAAUUGGCUGAUUCUUCUGGCUAUGCCAUGGCUGUGAUGCCAUCAGCAAAAGGGCUAGUGGCAGAACAACACCCUCACUUCAUUGGCACUUAUUGGGGUGCAGUAGGCACGUCCUAUUGCGCAGAAAUUGUUGAAUCAGCUGACGCUUACUUAUUUGCUGGUCCGAUAUUUAAUGACUACAGCUCUGUUGGGUACUCGCUUUUGAUCAAGAGAGAAAAGGCGUUAAUCGUUCAGCCUGAUAGAGUUGUAAUUGGCAAUGGACCAGCUUUUGGUUGUGUCCUAAUGAAAGAUUUCCUCUCUGAACUAGCAAAGAAAAUAAAGAAAAACGAAACUGCUUAUGAAAACUAUCGUCGGAUAUUUGUGCCUGAAGGAACUCCUUUGAAAUCAGAGCCUAACGAACCUCUACGGGUCAAUGUUUUAUUCCAGCAUAUACAGAAGAUGAUUUCAAGUGAAACAGCUGUGAUUGCUGAGACAGGGGAUUCUUGGUUCAAUUGCCAGAAGCUUAAGUUACCAGAAGGAUGUGGGUAUGUGACUAAUAACAGCUUAUCAGAGUGGUAUCCAUUUUAUUUUCAGACAUUAGACGAAAAAAGUUCGUGUUGCAGGUAUCAAUUCCAGAUGCAAUAUGGCUCCAUUGGUUGGUCAGUUGGUGCUACCUUGGGCUAUGCGCAAUCUGUACCCAAAAAACGUGUCAUUUCUUGCAUCGGUGAUGGAAGUUUUCAGGUUACUGCACAAGAUGUGUCAACAAUGAUUCGUAAUGACCAAAAGAGCAUCAUUUUCUUGAUUAAUAAUGGUGGCUACACCAUUGAGGUUGAAAUACACGAUGGGCCAUACAAUGUCAUCAAGAACUGGAACUAUACUGCUUUUGUUGAUGCUAUUCACAAUGGUGAAGGCAAUUGCUGGACCAUGAAGGUAAGGACUGAAGAGGAGCUGACAGAAGCAAUUGCAACUGCAACUGGAGAGAAGAAGGAUUGUUUAUGCUUCAUUGAAGUUAUUGUUCACAAGGAUGAUACUAGCAAAGAGCUGCUUGAAUGGGGAUCCAGGGUCUGUUCUGCCAAUGGACGUCCACCAAACCCUCAAUGAGUCAGAUUGAUUUAAUCUUUUUUAGCAAUGUUAACAGUCUGGUUUUAUCUUCUCUAGAUGAGGUAGCACUUUUUUUUUUUUUUUCCGUUUUUCGGUAACACUGGUGUCCUGGCCGUGCAUACACACCUCUAAACUUCGAGUAAUUAGAAAGUUGUUUACCAUUUAAUAAAAUGGAUUUUUGGAAUUAACUACAUGGAUCUAUUUGCUACAGCUUUGAUCGGUUGAUUUAGCAUUCUAACUCGUUGAACCUGAUCAUGUUUAAGGAUCUACUCUAGCUAACAAACAAUAAUGAUUAACAGGACCCUUCAAAUAUCAGACGAGAUCUUUGGAAAUUGGACUUGUCGAGGUUAAAAAUGAAGCUUUUCGCAGUUAUUGAAGGUUAAAAAUGAAGUUAUUUA